AUGGAAGAAUUUGAUUCCCAAUUUAAUCAAAUCUUCAAUGAGUUGACCAAAACUCUAGUUGAAGAUUAUCGUUUCAACAAUAAACUGGUAACCAAACGGGUUGAUCGUUUUAAACGGUUUGCCAUUAAAGCGGAUAAAGUUUAUUUUAAUUUCAUUAAGAGCUGUUUUGAUGAUUUUCUCAAUGAGGAGGAAAAAAUUCAUAAUGAAAUUAGCAGUAAUCUUAAUGAAGAUGAAGAGCUAACAGAAUCUAUUUUGGAAAUAGUUUCUGACAUUGAAGAAACCAUUGAAGAUACAAAAAAGAUUAUCAUUAAAAGCCGUGAACUUAGUCAAGGAAUUGAUACAAUCAAUAAAAGGAUACAAUCGUUUGAAAAAAUACAAGUCACUAUGAAGAACCUCAAUGAAACCAUGGUAAAGUGUCAGAAAAUUAUUCCAAUGGAUGUUCAACAAAAUGCUAUGGUUGUUGAAGAAAUGUGACAAAACAAAUUGACUUAUUGACUUGAAGGUGUUUUACUUUGUUUACAAACACACAUACACUUUUUUUUGUCAACUUUAAAUGGUAAUAAAAAGAAAGAUCAGUUUUCUCUUUAGUAAUAAUUA